AUGGAGCAUGUAGGAGGCUCACAUUUUACUGUUGUUAUAAUUUGUCUUUUAUUUUCAUUUACAUCUUUGGCAGCUGAUACUCAUGAAGACUUCAUUCAAUGUCUUUACCUUAAUUCCCAUAACUCCACAUCAAUCUCUAAGGUUGUCUACACCCAAACCAACUCCUCUUAUUCAUCCACACUGAAGUUUUCCAUUCAAAACCUCAGAUUUGCAUCCAACACAACUCGUAAACCCCUUGUGAUUGUCACACCUCUGGAAGUUUCCCAUAUUCAAGUUACCAUAUUAUGUUCCCAAAGCCAUGGCAUGCAGAUUCGAACUCGAAGUGGUGGCCAUGAUUAUGAGGGUCUCUCCUAUGUUUCUGAAGUUCCAUUUGUCAUAAUUGAUCUCAUAAACUAUCGACAAAUUGAAGUGGACGUAGAAAACAGAAUUGCAUGGGUUCAAGCUGGGGCAACUGUUGGUGAACUUUACUAUAGGAUUAGCCAGAAAAGCAAAACUCUUGCCUUCCCAGCAGCUGCUGAUAAUAUAAUUGAUGCCCACAUAAUUGAUGUGAAAGGUAGGCUUCUUGACAGAGAAUCCAUGGGUGAGGAUCUGUUUUGGGCCAUUAGAGGAGGUGGGGGUGCAAGCUUUGGUGUCAUCCUAGCAUGGAAGGUAAAACUAGUUCCAGUUCCAUCAACUGUGACAGCAUUCAGAGUUCCCAGGACAUUGGAACAAAAUGCAACCAAGCUUAUUCAUAGGUGGCAACUUGUGGCAAAUAAACUUCAUGAGGACAUAGGCAUUAACAUCAUCUUGCAGAGGGUAAAUUCAAGUGAAAAAGGGGAGUUAACAGUGCAAGCCCUAUUCUCUUCUUUGUUUCUUGGAGGGGUAGAUAAGCUCAUUCCCUUGAUGCAAGAGCAUUUUCCAGAAUUGGGUUUGGUCAGAGAAGACUGUACUGAGAUGAGCUGGAUAGAAUCGGCCCUUUACUUAUUUGGCUUUCCAAGUGGUUCCCUUGAAAUUUUGCUGAACAGAACACAAACUGCAACGGAUUUUUUCAAAGCAAAAUCUGAUUACGUGAGAAAUCCCAUUCCUGAAAUUGGCCUAGAAGGUAUAUGGCCAAUGUUUGAUGAAGAUGUGGCCCAAGGUGUAAUGAUGGAACUCUUUCCUUACGGUGGCAUAAUGGAUAAGAUUUCAGAGUCCGAAAUUCCAUUCCCCCAUAGAUAUGGAAACUUAUACAUUAUUCAGUACUCUCUGCAUUGGCUACAAGAAGGGGAUGAGGUAGCACAAAGGCACAUAAGUUGGAUUAGAAGACUUUACAGUUAUAUGGAACCUUUCGUUUCGAAGUCUCCUAGAGCUGCAUAUUUCAAUUAUAGAGACCUUGACAUUGGGGUGAAUAACGAAGGCUACACAAGCUAUAAACAAGCUAGCAUUUGGGGUCUUAAGUAUUUCAAAAACAACUUCAAACGAUUGGCACAUGUGAAGACUAAGGUUGAUCCUUUUAACUUCUUCAGGAAUGAACAGAGCAUACCUUCCCUUUCUAUGGAAGGAACACAAAUAGAAAUUCCUGGGAAGAAAAGGUUAUACAAAAAUUUGCUACUUUGUUAUCUUCCUUUUAUGUGUACCUAA